CCCACCGCGCGAGUAAGGGGCACAAAUCCCCGGCGCUCCCCCGCGGUCUUCCACUUGGGCACCUGCCGGUGGGGAGCGAGGGGGAGUAGCGGAGAGCGCAGGCGCAGGGUUCGUGCCUGCGGCGCCGCUCUCCCUGCCCAGCCAGGCGGCCUCAGCCGCCCCUGCCGCGGUUUUCCGGGCGAAGCGCGCGGUGGCCUCAGUGGGCUCAGAGCCUGGACUAGGCGCGCGGCAGCGGGCAGCCCCGGCCGGAGCACCGGGCGCGCCUUCCUCGCCGCGACACACAGAAUUGAUUGCCUGAAGAAAUGGAUACUUCUCCCUCCAAAAAAUAUCCAGUUAAAAAACGGGUGAAAAUACACCCAAACACGGUGAUGGUGAAAUAUACUUCUCAUUAUCCUCAGCCUGGGGAUGAUGGAUAUGAAGAAAUCAAUGAAGACUAUGGAAAUUUUAUGGAAGAAAAUCCAAAGAAAGGACUGCUGAGUGAAAUGAAAAGAAAAGGAAGAACUUUCUUUGGAACCAUGGAUACUCAACAUCCACCAACAGAAGACCCAAUGACCAAUGAGAUUGGACAAUUCCAAAGCUUUGCAGAAAAAAAUAUUUUUCAAUCCAGAAAAAUGUGGAUAGUGCUGUUUGGAUCUGCUUUGGCUCAUGGAUGUGUAGCUCUUAUCACUAGGCUUGUUUCUGAUCGUUCCAAAGUUCCAUCUCUAGAACUGAUUUUUAUCCGUUCUGUUUUGCAGGUCUUAUCUGUGUUAGUUGUGUGUUACUACCAGGAAGCCCCCUUUGGACCCAGUGGAUACAGAUUGCGACUCUUCUUUUAUGGUGUAUGCAAUGUCAUCUCUAUCACCUGUGCUUAUACAUCAUUUUCAAUAGUUCCUCCCAGCAAUGGGACCACUAUGUGGAGAGCCACAACCACAGUCUUCAGUGCCAUUUUGGCUUUUUUGCUUGUAGAUGAGAAAAUGGCUUACGUUGACACGGCUACAGUUGUUUGCAGCAUCUUAGGUGUUUGUCUUGUCAUGAUCCCCAACAUUGUUGAUGAAGAUAAUUCUUUGUUAAAUGCCUGGAAAGAAGCCUUUGGGUACACUAUGACUGUGAUGGCUGGACUGACCACUGCUCUUUCCAUGAUAGUAUACAGAUCCAUUAAGGAGAAGAUCAGCAUGUGGACUGCACUGUUUACCUUUGGUUGGACUGGGACAGUCUGGGGAGUAUCUACUAUGUUUGUUCUUCAAGAACCCAUCAUCCCAUUAGAUGGAGAAACCUGGAGUUAUCUCAUUGCUAUAUGCAUUUGUUCUACUGCAGCCUUCUUAGGAGUUUAUUAUGCCUUGGACAAAUUCCAUCCAGCUUUGGUCAGCACCGUGCAACAUUUGGAGAUUGUGGUAGCCAUGGUGUUGCAGCUUCUAGUGUUACAUAUAUUUCCUAGUGUCUAUGAUGUCUUUGGAGGGGUAAUCAUUAUGAUUAGUGUUUUUGUCCUUGCUGGCUAUAAACUUUACUGGAGGAAUUUAAGAAGGCAGGAUUAUCAGGAAAUACUAGACUCUCCCAUUAAAUGAAUACCUGAUUAUUAUCUUGUUAAUGUUCAGUUAUUAAUAGGUACACUGACAUUUUAAUGUUCACCUGUAAAUGUUGUGUUGUAUAACUGACAGUGCUAUAUAAUAUAUAAUUAAUAUAUGCAGAUGUGGAAAACUUUAUUCUAGUCUAAUAUAUUAAAAACAUAUACUAAAUUAUGUGGAAUAUCAUGAA